CAUUUAUCAGUUUCGGGCCGCAGCAUAGUUUGUUGAUUGCAUGAUCAUUGACCAUUAUCAUCAUGCUAGCUGCUCAUCACUAUCAUCAUUUGCCGCUAGCAUGAAGAUAGGUGACGAUCUCGGUUACACAACACAAAUGAGCAGGCAGACAUCCAAAAUUAGAUGGAUUCUUUUUUAGCCUUUCAGUCAACAAGAAAGUUCAGAGCAACGCGGAAUAAAAAAGAAGUGCAUGGUAACAGACAUUACGAGCAAUCUAAUCAAUCUGGAUGUGAUUUACAAGUAAGACUUCACUCAGUAAAGCAUUUAAUUCCGCACGGAUUGUCGUCUGCUGCUCCGAAAAUAACCAAUAACAAUAUCAUCCCUCUACAAGGACCAGCUAAUAACCACGUCGAGUCCACUAAUAAGUCUGAUGUUCCAACCAAAACCUUUGAAGAAGUGACAUUUCCUAUGACCUAUGGAAAUGUAGCAGCUAAAAUCUGGGGUCCAUCUAAUGGGAAACCCGUUUUCGCAUUACACGGAUGGUUGGAUAAUGCCGGCACUUUUGAUAAUUUGAUUCCAAUGCUUCCAGACAAUUUGAGAGUAGUCGCUGUUGAUAUCCCGGGUCAUGGACUUAGUGAUCAUUUUCCAAGAGAUAUUAUGUAUCACUUCAUGGAUUGCCUUUUAGCUAUUGAGAGAAUAUCACAACAAUUGAAAUGGGACACAUUUUCAUUCAUUGGACAUAGCUUGGGAGGCUGCAUGGCUAUGUUAUACGCCGGCGUCUUUCCUGAGAAGGUAGUUAAACUGGUCAAUGUUGAUAUUGUGAGAGUUACAACUACUAGGGCGGAAACAAUGAAUUUGAGAUUAAGAAAAACCGUCGGCAAGCUUUUGAAAUACGAAAAUGCAAUCAUGCAAGGCCCUGAAAAACCUAUUACGUACGAGACAGCAAUAGAGAAGAGCAUCAAUGGUUCAUUUGGAUCCCUUAACAGGAAAGCUUGUGAAGUUAUGUUGAAACGCGGUCUCAAGAAAGUGAACGGAGGCUAUGUGUUUAGUAGAGACCGGCGCUUGCAUGCCGCCCCCUUGUCGUUCUGCCCAAAACAAGAUCAAGUGAUUCUCGCAGAAAAAGUAACCGCUGAUGUAUUAAUUAUAAAAUUCAUUGAAGGUCCUUAUUUCGAAAGUAUCGAGGAUCAAAUAGAGCACAUAGAAGCCCUUAAGAAAAACUCUAAAAGUGUUCGGUACGUUGAAAUAGAAGGGAAACAUCACACUCAUCUGACCCAUCCGGAACGCAUCGCUAGCCUUAUUUCCGAAUUUUUUAAAUCGUAGUGCGGAGAGAAUUCAUUAUGUUUGUCGUGCACCCGUCUAAUUUUCAUAGAAUCGAACAGUGUAUGCGUAAAAGAAUUGGAGACUCAAUAAAAGGUGCUAAUCUAAA